AACACUCAUCCCGAUACACCCUUUCAUGCUUGGCUCUCUUCAUCUUCAGCCCAGUUUCCAGAUCAGACUUAUUCAAUUCAAGUACCCUCUCGUUGAAACUCUCAAUCAAGAGAUUGCAUUGUAUAAUUAUUUAAUUUAAAUGUUCUCUUAGCACGAACGAGAUCAUCAGGAUUACAGUUGGUUUGUGGCUAGAUUAGACAAGGCCAUCCAUUGACUUCUCGUUCUUGCAUUAUGCCCCACGUCGUGCACUCUUGAAAAUUUUCUUCCUUCCUCAGCGAGUUCAUCUUCUUUUUAUUCAACUUUUGGAUAAAGGAUUAGAAGAAGAAGAUCAUCAUAAAAAUUGAGUUAGAACUUGUUUCACUGAGUUUACUUGAUGGGUUCAUACAUUUUCUCUGUGAUCUGCGUUCUGCAUUCAUUGUUUGCAAUAACAUGCGGAUCCUUAAUAAUGUUCUAUCUUAAAGAAACGUAUGUGUUUGGUUUGGGUGUUGAGACGGCCAGAAGGCUUUCAGGAUCAACCCCUCAUGAUGAAUUGUUGCUCCAGAUUUCCAAUUCUUUUGCGGGAUUGCUUCUAUUCUUUGUUGGAUUUUUGCUUCUAAUGGUGGCGUCUGUGAAGGACAUGGAGUUCCAGUGCUUUUUCGCUAAAGGGUGUAUGUUAUUACAUGUAUCAAUGGCUGUUUGGAGGAUUGCUUUUGAGAGAAAGCUUGAAGAUUUGGCUUGGGAUUGGCCAAGGCAGGUGAUUGGGGACUUUUUACUGGCACUUUCUUGGGUCUUUUUUUUGGUGAAAACUUGGAGAGACAAGUAUGAUUGAUUUCAACUAAUCCAAGGUACUGAGUUUUUGGUUAUGGCUCCGUCCAAUCCAGUUUUCUGGUCUCAUUUUUAAUGUAUCAAUUGUGGUCUUUUGAGGCUUUACUAAACCAUCUGAGAUUGGUAUUUUGUUGCACUUCGGGAAAUGUGUUAUUGCUUGCUUGCAUUUAGUUGAGAGGAUUUUGAAUGUUGAAAGAAGUCAGGUAGCUAAGCUUCCUGGUAAAAGUGCAUACUGUUGUAAAGAACUGAAAUGCCCCAUUGUUGGGUAGUUGCAUUGAAAACCUCCAUUGAAGAUAUAUAUGGAAAACCUUAAUGUGUCUGUUCAUAAUA